UAUAAUGCGUGCUGUCCGGAUACUGUAGUUGUGCACGCGCCGCUCGCGAUGGUCUCGUCCACCUUUUGGUUGGAAAUCGUACCGGCCGUCGUCAUAGCGUCGGUUCUGCUGGCGUACGUCUACUGCACUCGUCACUACGGCCACUGGACGGCGCUGGGCGUGCCGCACACCAAACCGACGCCGUUGCUGGGCCACUUCGCCGGGCCCACGGUGGGUCGCGAGUCGACCGCAAUCACCGUGGACACGUUCUACCGGCUGUUUGCCGGCCACCGGUACUUCGGGCUGUACCAGCUCCGGUGCCCCAUGCUGGUGGUGCGCGAUCCCGCACUGGUGCACGCGGUGCUGGCCACAGAGUUCGGGUCGUUCCACGACCGGAUGAUGAGCCGGACGUCGUUCGAACACGACGGGCUGUUCAACAACCUGGUGAACCUUAGGGGCGAGAGGUGGAAAGCGGUCCGGGCCAAGCUGAGCCCCACGUUCACCGUGGCCAAGCUCAAAGCCAUGUUCGCCAGCCUGCAUGUGUGCACCGGCCAACUCGCCGACAAACUAUCGUCGCUGACGUCCGACGACCAAGGUAUUAUUAAUGUCACCGAUAUAUCAUCAAAAUUUACAAUCGAUACAAUUGGAAGGUGUGCUUUUGGGAUAAAAUGCAAUACACUUUUUGACUCGAAUACAGAAUUUCAAAGAGCUGGACAGGCAAUAUUUACACCCACACUGAAAUCAUCUGUAUUAAACUUCAUGAGAUUAAUUGAUCUAGGAUGGCUUGUGGACUUGUUAAGAUUACGUAGUAUGCCCGAUCAAGUCUAUGAAUUUUAUUUUAAUUUAUUUCAAGAUACAAUGGAGUUACGUAAAAGAGAAAAAGAAGAACGUAAUGAUUUCAUUUCGAUUUUAAUCAAAUUGAGAAACGAUGAAAAAAAAAAUAGCAGUCAAGUUGAAUUAUUUACUGACGAUGUCUUAGCUUCAAAUGCAUUCAUAUUUUUCGCGGCUGGAUUUGAAACUACUGCAUCUGCUAUGAGCUAUUGUCUAUACGAGUUAGCUUUGAAUCAAGACAUUCAAAUCGAAUUGCGCAAACAAAUCAAACACACACUAAACGAAAACGAAGGGAUUCUCACUUACGAUGUGGUAAAAGAUAUGAAGUAUUUGGAUAUGGUAUUAAAUGAAACGUUGAGAAUACAUCCACCAGGACCAAGUCUAUUGCGAGUAUGUACUAAAAAAUUUAAAAUACCAGACAGUGAUAUAACUUUGGACGUUGGUACGAAAGUACUUAUACCAACAUAUUCCCUACACCACGACCCCGUGUAUUAUCCAAAUCCAGAAGUGUUUGAUCCCCUGCGGUUCACAGAAGAAAAUAAAGCUUUGAGACCGAAUGGAACGUUCCUACCAUUUGGCGAUGGACCUAGGAUUUGUAUCG